GGGCGGCGGGCUCGUGGCGUCAUGGAGGCGGAGGGCGUCCUGACGCGGGCGGCGGCCAGGCGGCGGGCGCGGCAGCUGCGGGGCCCCGGGGUCCCCGAGGAGCGGCGCGAGCGGCGCGAGCGGCGGCGGAGAAUCGGAGGGAAGACGGCGGCCCGUGUGUUCCGGGAAGUGGUCAGCUUUAGCCCGGCCCCGCUGCCAGUUAGAUAUUAUGACCAGGACACCACCAAGCCGAUCAGCUUUUACCUCUCGUCCUUGGAGGAGAUCUUGGCAUGGACACCCUCGGGGGAGGACAGCUUUAAUGUGGCCCUGGAGCCCCGGGCAUGCCGCCAGCCCCCCCUGAGCAGCUCCAGGGCCCGGACCCUGCUCUGCCACGACAUGAUGGGCGGGUACCUGGAAGACAGGUUUAUUCAGGGCUGCGGGGCGCAGAACCCUUACUCGUUCUACCACUGGCAGUACAUCGACAUCUUCGUCUACUUCAGCCACCACCUGGCCACCAUCCCACCCGUGGGCUGGACUAACUCUGCCCACCGGCACGGGGUCUGCGUGCUGGGGACUUUUAUCACCGAGUGGAAGGACGGGGGCCGGCUCUGCGAGUCCUUCCUGGCAGGGGACGAGCGCUCCUACCAGGCGGUCGCCGAUCAGCUAGUCCGGAUUGCCCAGUUCUUCCGUUUCGACGGCUGGCUCAUCAACAUCGAGAACUCCCUCAGCCUGGCCGCCGUGGGGAACCUGCCCCGUUUCCUGCAGUACCUGACGUCCGAGCUCCACGAGCAGGUCCCGGGCGGGCAGGUGCUGUGGUACGACAGCGUGCUGAGCAACGGGCAGCUCAAAUGGCAGGACGAGCUGAAUGAGGGCAACAGGGUCUUUUUCGACUCCUGCGACGGCUUCUUCACCAACUACAACUGGCGCGAGGAGCACCUGCAGCGCAUGCGGGCGCCGGCGGGGGCGCGACUGGCCGACGUGUACGUGGGCGUGGAUGUGUUCGGCCGCGGGAAUGUCGUCGGGGGAGGCUUCGACACGGUCAAGUCGCUGGAGCUCAUCCGGAAGCACGGCUAUUCAGCCGCCCUGUUUGCACCGGGCUGGGUGUACGAGCGCCUGGACAAGGCCGACUUCUUCCAGAACCAGGACCGAUUCUGGAGCUUGCUGGAGCCGCACCUGCCGACACACAGCAUCUGCUCCCUGCCCUUCGUCACCUCCUUCUGUCUGGGCCUGGGGACGCGGCGAGUGUGCUAUGGGCAGGAGGAGGCGGUGGGGCCCUGGUACCAUGCCAGCGCCCAGGAACUGCAGCCCCUGUUCGGGGAGCACCGGCCCGAGGGCGGAGGCCCGGGCUGGGUGAAGACACACUGCUGCCUGGCCGACGCCUGGCACGGGGGCAGCUCACUGCUGGUGCGGGGCCGGAUUCCCACUGAGGCCGGGAGUGUGGCUGUGAGGUUGUUCACGCUGCACGUGCUGGUACCCCCCCGGCUCCUUCUGUCCUUGGUAUACAAGCUGGAGGGGCCCACGACUGUGGACGUGGCGCUGGAGCUCACUGCGGGCGACAUGGGCGCCUGCCACGUCAGCGGCGCCUCCCUGCUGGACGCGGAAACCAGGCACAGACCCCGGCCCCUUGCGGUGCCGCCCACCAAGCUGGCCCGAUGGGUGGGCCACUGCGGACAGCAGCUCAGUGGAGGCUGGACCCAGUGUUGUUACGAAGCCAUCCUGCAGGGCUGUGUCCUGCGGGACCUCUGUGUCCGUUUCUCACUGCCGCCGGGCAGCCGGGAUGAAGACUUUGCCUGUCGCCUCGGGGAGAUCCAGGUGCUGGACGCCAACAGCCUGCUGGAGCCCCUGGCCCAGGUGCAGGCUGUGACCGUGGCGCAGGCGUGCUGGCAGCGGGCUGCAGGGGGCGCCGGGCUCCGGCUCAGCUGCACCCUGCACUGGUCCCACCCCCUGUCCCACGCCCGGCACUACCGGGUGCACUGUCGGGGCCGGGGGGCACCCGGUGGGGGCCUGGACCCCGACAAGCCCAUGCUUCUGGGCCUGGCAUUUGCCAAUCAAUACCGGGUGGUGGAGCUGGUGCUGGCGGCCGCGGGGCCUGGCCAGGAGGCCCGUGUGGACUUCCUGGUGGAGCCGGUGCCCCGAGAGGGCUUCCGGGUUCCCCAGACCGAGUGGGGCCGGGCCACCCUGCUCUACUCCCUGCCGGCCACGCAGCAGAGUUAGCGCAUCACCUCUGCCCUCCGCCAAGACCCUCCCACAGACGCCCAGUGGACAUGAGGGACAGAUGGCUGUAGAUGCAGUCUGGUGGGGACUCCAAACAGGCAGCCAGCGGACAGGUGGCUCAUCUCCUGGUGUCUGUUUAACCUGGGCCGCACAAUUCUGUAGUUUUGAAGAUCCCACAAAGAGCGUUUCUAACACAGCUCGGAGCUGCCCAUUCCCCUCACGAGUCCGGACAGCAAGAUCUGGACAUACUCACAGCAGGGGCUGCUGCGGUGAGGACUGAGGGGCAGAGUCUGCA